UCGUUCGCGAGUCACUCACGACUAUUACAGCAGUGGUGGUAUGAGGUGCGGGUCAGAGAGCGCGUGCGGCAAAAAUUUACGGGAUUCUACUCAAAAGAACGGAUUUGCUUCAUCAUUUUAGGGGAUGGAAUUACACAGAGCAGAGGAUUUGGACCAACAUAUGCUGAAGAGCUGCGUUUACAUCUUAUGCAAAUCGCAUCCCUUUAACACAGGCAGAUGCACAUAAUCAUACAACAAAUACUCCGGCGUCCGGAUUUAUUAUAGUCACCUGACGGAUUAGAUUAAAGCUACAAACCUGCGGAUUAUUCUCCUUUAGUCCUGCCACGUUAUUGUACAGUGUGAGAGAUGCCUGUGUUACAGCAUCCAAACACUACUGCUGGUGUUUUGCACACAGAUUAUGAAUGGAAGUACGAAUACUAUGAUGAUGAAGAGCCAGUUUCAUUCGAGGGACUCAAAGCACACAAAUAUUCCAUUGUGAUUGGCUUCUGGGUGGGACUUGCAGUGUUCGUCAUUUUUAUGUUCUUUGUGCUCACUCUUCUGACCAAGACAGGAGCUCCACAUCCAGAAAGUGCAGAACCGUGCGAGGAUUGUGUACACCUCACUAGCUGUGUUGAGGAGCUAGGCCGCCCUCGGGAGCCAGAGAACCCCAGAGCUGGUCUACCUCGACCUUUACUGGAGGAGUCUCGUUUUCUCUUUAACUGCUACAUUAAUGAAGAAGAGCAGGCAGCAGAACGGUCCCUGAGCCAUGCCCGCAGAGCUCACACACGAUCAAACAGCAGUGACUCGAGUGGCCAGAUGAAAACCGGUGGCCUAAUUGUUCAGAGUACACAACUGGAGAUGAUGGAAGAUAAUGAGGCAGCUUUUCUGGCUCAUUUUAACAUUCCAAACUUUGUGAACUCUGAACUCAGCUCCACACUGGGUGAAGAUGACUUACUGCUGGGUGAACCACCCAUAAUAAUGGAAAGAGAAACUCAUUCUCACAGUACCAGUCUCAUUAGAGACUAGAAACUUGAACCACAGAAUUAUGCCAAAAUGAAAAUUAGCCUGACUGGAUCAAACAUGUAAGGAUGCUAAAUAAAUCUCCUCUAAAAAGCAGCCUGAAUCCAUCUCUGAACUUAUAACAUUAUCUUACGCAGAACACAUUCAUUUUGUCAUAUAUCUCUACACUGCAGGUUUUUAGGCAAUUUCAGAGGUAGGCCGAGCCACUGUAAGACUGUAUGAUGUGUCUCUUGUAACUGUAACCGAAACGUGUCUGUUAUCUUCAUCUGUCAACACCUACUCAUAGUAUUUCUCUUAAUAUUCUAUGUGAAAAUGUCAGUUG